AUGACAUCUUCUACGACUUCUAUUCUCUCUGCGAUGGGAGUAAGAAAGCCUCAAGUAGACUUCUCAAACCCCUCACCGCUGGUCACGAUCACAGUCGGCUCAGGUUCUCGCGCCAAACACUUCUCCAUACACCAAGAAGUUAUCAGUUUCUACUCUCCAUACUUCCGAGAGUACUUCAAGCCUGGCCAUUUGAAAGCAGACUUGCCUGGCGUCGAUGUUCAGGUGUUUGGACUUCUUUCGCACUGGCUUUACACACAAGAGAUCCGGCUCCGUCAACCUAGCCCAACUGAGCCGUCCAAGAAUGUAGUCGGUACUCACCUUCUCCCGCUCACAAAGCUUUGGAGCUUGGCAAAGUACUUCGGCAUGCCAGGUCUACAGAAUACCAUCAUGGAUCGCAUUGCCCCAAUCCUGGACUUGAUCAACAUCUCUGACGUGGCUAAAUUUGUUAUCCACAACUACGAGCAGACGGAGACCGAAGGCACUCCAAUUCGUGCACUGGCACUACACCAUGCAGCCCAUAAUAUGACACCAGAGGUCUUGAAAGACAUCGGCAAGUCAGCUCCACCAGAUUUACUGUUCGAUAUCAGCCUGGCUUUUCUUGAACAUAAUGAUUUGGUCCACAACAGUGAUCGUUAUGAGGUUGUCGACCCAACAAAAUUCCAUGUUGGAAUUCCUGAGGUGGAAGACGAAUUUCUGGACGAUGAAACCAGUGAUGUCGAAUGUGAAGUGGCAGAGGAGGAAGAAGAGGAUGAGAGUGUCCUCUUUGAACACUUCGGAGAUGAGAGCAACGAGAUAUCUGAGUACAUGACGGAGAUGGCGGAACCCUGCGAGGAGGAGUUUGAAGAAGCUGAUGAGUCAGAGGAAGAAGAUGGGGAGGAGACGGUCGAAGAUUUAUCCGAUAUGGCUGGUCUUUUUGACUAA